CUUAUAACUGCGUAUGAUUAGACAUUCUGAAUUCUCAUAGGGACACAACGGGCGGGCAAAGACCAGUGAAGUUGCGUAUAAUGUAGACGUCGCGGCGGAUAGCACCAAUUGACGCACACAGGCACAAACAGGAGUGAGGGAGGGACAGAGAGAGAAAGAGAGAGAGAGAGAGGGAGGAUGUGCAGGUUGUGAGAGGGCGCACGGCCGGAGAGUAAAAUGAACCGGACAAGAGUUUCGCAAUCCCAGCGUAGUUUUCCUCUUCAAGAAGACGAAUUGUUGAGGAAUGAUGAGGGUUACGCCUGCUAGCACGCCUAGCUUUUCAUGACCACAUUUCUGGACUUAUUUUCUUAGUUAAGUGAUGACUGUGGAAGACUUCCCCGCAAGAGCUGAGGAUUUGUGUAGGUGUCAUUUGGCGAAGUCGGUAGAUAACCUUAGCUAGAGUUCACAUUAAUUAGCAAUAUUUGUAUUUAAACGACUGAAACAUAUCUUAAAUCGGCGGUUGCUGUUUUAUAUAACUUUUUAAAUAAAUAAUUAGUGUGGACCAAUGCGAGAUAAAUACAGCCCAAAUAUUGCCAGUAUGCGACCAGCUGAUAAUUGCGGACCCAGAACAGCGGUUGAAGGGAACGGAAUCAAGGACUUCUCUGAAACCCAAUAUGGGGCGCUCUCCAAAAGACGCCUACUCGUUGGCUUGGACUUACUUUGCUUGUUUGUGGCCUCUAUCCCAUUCUUUGCGUGCGAGCUGAAGGCGGUGUCUCCGUACCGGCGGGGCUUCUUCUGCGGCGACUCCAGCAUCACCUACCCCUACCUGGAGCACGAGGUCAUCCCCGACGGCCUCCUCGUUGCCGGGGGCAUCGUCAUCACCGGCCUCACGAUUGCCUUAGGCGAGUGUUACCGGGUGCGUUUCCGCGGUGUGCACUCCAGCGCCUUCAUGCAGAACCUGUACGUCUCCUGUCUCUACAAGGAGCUGGGCAGCUUCCUGUUUGGCUGCUGUGUCAGCCAAUCGCUGACCAACAUGGCCAAGCUGAGCGUGGGUCGCCUGCGACCUCACUUCCUGCAGGCCUGCGGCGUCUCCUACGCCAUGCUCAACUGCACCAUGGGAACCUACGUGACCACGGUCACCUGUAAACACCCCGACCUGGAUGAAGAGGCCAGGAAGUCAUUUUUCUCAGGCCAUGCUUCCUUUGCCAUGUACACCAUGCUCUACUUAGCUUUCUACCUGCAGGCACGGUUAUCGUGGCGUGGUGCGCGACUCUUGCGCCCCCUGAUCCAGUUCCUGCUGGUGAUGCUCGCCAUCUACACCGGUCUCAGCCGCAUCUCCGACUAUCGCCACCACCCCACCGACGUCCUCACAGGACUCAUCCAGGGUGCGCUCACCGCUUACUGGGUGGCUUUUUAUAUCUCCACCAUGUUUAAGAACACCCAAUGUGGCUCCUCCCCUCAGUUAAAGAACACCCAAUGUGGCUCCUCCCCUCAGAUUAAGAACACCCUAAAUUGCCCCUCCCCUCAGCUCCCCCUAGAACAGCCACUGUCCAACCGGCAGACUUUGUGUUAGGAUGGAUAACACACACACGCACACACACACAGACAAAGAGAAACACACACACACACGCACACACACACACACACACACACACACACACACAGACAUACACACACACACAGACAUACACACACAGACACACAUUCCCUAAGUUCCAUUGCGCACGCUCCAUAGAAUGCCUUAUCACACAAACAAGGAGCCACUUUUUUGCAAAGCCAGUAGCCUGUGACACCUAGACUCUGGCAAGCUAACCCUGACCUUCGGAGCCUGGAAUGUUGUUAUUAACAAUUUACUAUAACGCGUGUAUAUAGUGUUUAUAAUACACACCUGUUUCUAAAGCACAAUUUCUUCAUCAAGAGGAGAGAUGAUGGCAUUGAUGAAUGUUAUCCUUAUUCUUUUUUUUUAUUAUAAUGGACAGAUAUAUGUGAACUGUUACAUGAUUGUAUGUAUUUUACUGGCUUGAUAAUCAGAGAACCAAACAAACGGAAGAGGAGUGAAAGGAAUGUUGGCUGACAGUAAAAGAAACACAUGAAAAACUCGUAAAUACAAACACAUGAAAGUCCGUAAAUACAAACACAUGAAAGUCCGUAAAUACAAACACAUGAAAGUCCGUAAAUACAAACACAUGAAAAACCCGUCCACAGCCGUUGCCUUCGUUCUCAGUCCCCUUGAAUCUUCCUCAUCGUCGUUUUGAUCACUAUCAGCACUCGACUAAAACUCGUGGAGCGUUUCCACCCACCCUCCGGUCCACCACAGACGGCAAGCGAUGUGAGCGUGGGAUGCGGCAGUGGAAUUCUGUGUGGCAGUUGCUUGGUAUCAUACACUACGACUGACUGUAUUUUUCUUUUACGAUUUAAUGAUGAGGAGGCAGAAGGACAAAGAACUCUGGGCGCUCUGGAAUGAUCUUUUUCACGUGCAACUCAAGUCUCGUCCAAUAGGAGAGCACACCAGUGGCAUCAGGGUCAUGUUGAUUGGCCCGGAGUGGUGCAUCUUAUGUCAGCGCAAGCACUGUGAUGAGAAAAACAACCAAGCCCACAUUCCUGCCAGUUGUGCUCUGUGGAGGCAGAUGGAGCUUCUCAUGGCUGCGACCAAGCGGAGAUCCUCUGACGCUUCCCACAGUCUCCUGUGAACUUUCACCCCUGACCUUUCUUGACCUUCCCUUGUAAGGAUGGCUACUGGGUCUCAAGGCAGUGAUUUCAAACAGCACUUGAACUAUAACCACAUGGUACAUAUUGUGUAUAGUCAUUCUGUUAUGCUCUUGAAUUUUUCAUUGCCAUGUUGUCGUGUGUGUGUGUGUGUGUGUGUGUGUGUGUGUGUGCAUGUUUUUGUGUGAGUGUGAGUGUGAGAGCGAGAUCUCCCAAGUGACUGAAUGUAAUGUGAUCCUGUGUGAACGACUUAGAAUAAGUGUUGACCUCAUAUUCCUUUUCUGUUUUUGAUUAUGUUGUGUGCAGUGUGUGUGUGUGUGUGUGUGUGUGUGUGUGUGACUGUGUAUGGGUGUGUGUUUAUGAAUGUGAGCGUGAUCUCCCAAGUGGCUGAAUGUAACUUGAUCCUGUGUAAACAGUUUAGAAUGAUCCUCAGUGUUGACCUCAUAUUUCUUUAGUGCCUCUGUGUGUGUGUGUGCACAUGCAUGUGUGUGUAUGUGUGUGUGUGUGUUUGUCUUUGUACCACAUUGUAUACUGUGGAUGUAUAUGUUAUAUAUAUUAAGCACUGUGAUCUUUAAUGAGUUAUGGCCAUUAUGACUGAGCCAGUGACAGAGGCUACUGCUGUGAGAUACAUCUGUACUUGUAUAUCUGUUUGUGUGUGUGUGUGUGUGUGUGUGUGAGAGAGAGAGUGUAUGUGUGUGUGUCUGUGUGCGUGCGUGUAUGUGUGUGUGUGUGUCCACUGACCACUCCCUUUUGCAGUGCUCACCAGUGCCCCCUAGUGACAUUGGGACGUCAUUCCAAU